CAUGGUGACAUCAUGCAGUACUAAAAGCUUUUAACCGGAUUCCUCUCCUGCCUUAGGCCCCAUUUUGAGUCCUCUUUCAGCUAGGCUAGGGGGAAGGGCACAGGCAGGACGGUGGUGUGUGUGCCUUCUUGCAUGUUUCCCUCCCUCACUGCUGCUAUUAGCAAUCUAUCAGCACAGUAAAAGGCUUUCAAAAUCAGCAUCUAAAGAUCCUAUUCCUGCAAAAACAGCCAGCACAGGCCAAGAGACCCAUUUCAAAAAUGGGAUCAGAGGAUGGUUUCAGCUACCUAAUUCCAGGCCACAGUGAGAAACACAGGCGGGCCCCGAACUGGACCGAUGGCGAAAUGAAAGCCCUCCUGUAUGUGUGGGAGGAACACCACAACGAACUGAAAAUGAGCAAGAGGAAUGCUAAGGUUUACGAGAAGAUGUCCCAGAGGUUUUUCCAGCUGACUGGAGAACAGCGUUUCAAAGAGGAGAUCAAGAUGAAAAUCACCAACAUGUCUUUUCAGUACAGGCGACUGAAAGCCACAGCUUGUCAAAGUGGGGAGAUGCCGGAUUGGCCAUACUAUAAAGCCAUCGAAAAGAUCCUCUCCAAGCCACUGGAGAACGGCAGGGUGAACUCUUUGGAGUAUCAGGCCUCUGCAGCAGGCCCCUCCACGUCGUCCCAGUCCACAGAUAACAUGCUGCCCCAGUCAGAGGAGGGAGUGAUCGGAUUCCUGCCAGAAUACACAGGAUCCUCAGAUGAGAUGGAGAUAAAACAAGAGCUGGACUCUUUGAGCUCUGACAGCGAGCACACACAAGACUCCAGCUCCCAUCAUAUUUCAGCCCGGAAGAGACAUGGCAACAAGCACAUGUCCAUGAAGAAAAAGAAACUCCGAGUUAUGCAGGCCAUGCUGCAGCAACAGAAGAGGUCGAGCCGGGCCAUGGAGGAGACGUGCAGGGAGGUCCGUCGAGUCAUGCAACAGCAGAACCUCCUCCAGGUCCAGUGUCUGCAGCUGCAGGAGCGCAUGAUGAACCUGCUGGAGAGGAUGAUUCAGUCUCCUUCCAACACAUCUGGGUCAGCCACUCUGACCCACUCACAGGGUCAGAGUGGGGUAAAAGAUCUGGGAACAUCAUGAAGCAUAGAAGUUGUUGUUUUGUUCGGGAGAUAUCAUGAGAUUGCAGCACCUAUAGCCUUGUUGAAAGAAAAAACAAAUUUUAUUUUGGAUAUGAGUUAAGCAUCAAACAUUUGUAAUGUUCAUUAUGCUAUAGGUAUUGCUGUUAUCAGUGCAGAGAUGGCAUGGACAGACAUAAAUAUAUGCUUUUGUCAUUACUUAAAGUGUCUGAUGAUCAUUAUUAUUAGAAUGUUAAUAACUGUAUGUUGGCACAGCAAAGCAGGCUCCAAUGUGAGUCUUCAUUUUAAGGAUAGCUGUAUCAGAUCUUUCUUGAUCAUUUGCCAAGUAUCCUAAUAAAAUAACUUUGGGAACAACAA